AGUUUUUUUUUGUUUACGCUAAGCGGAUCAGCCAAGAAGACUUGUCAGACACACACACACGCACGCACGCACACCUACACGUACACAUUAACCGCCGCGACAAUGAGCAUCAACGUGUACCAACUUCCCAUUGAACAGCUGGAGGGCCUCAAGGAGCAGCUGGACAACGACGUGCAGAGCCUCGGCACCGCCUACGACGGCCUGUACAACGGCCGCAACCGCUACCAGGACAACCACGAUGUGAUCGACCAGUACAAGGUGGUCUGCGAGAACGCGAAGAAGGAAGCGGCGGAGCAGGAGGUGUUGGUCUGCAUGACGUCCUCCCUGUUUGUGCGGGGCACCGUCAUCCCGAGUGACAAGGUGCUCGUCGACGUCGGCACCGGCUACUUUCUGGAGCAGUCGAUGGAACACGCGAAGAAGUACUUCACUUCGCGUGCGGCACAGAUUAAGGAGAGCAUGGAUCAGGUGGAGAAGACGAUUGUGCUGAAGCAGCGUCAGCAGAACCAGGUGAUUGACGCCCUGCAACAGAAGACGGUGGCCAUGCAGCGCUACCGCGAAGAGAACGGCAGCGAGUAA